CCUGCAGGGCCCGGCCCGGCUCCUCGCCUCCCGCCUCCGCCUCCCGGUUGUCGGCGCGUGCUAACUGUUCCAAGGAGCGGCAGGCCUUGGGGUUGUGGGGACGGCCCUGGGCCCGAGGGACAGGCCAGAUCCACGCGGCCCCGAUGCCUGAGUCGGGGAGGCAGCACGUCCGGCAGAGGAGGGGCUUGACUCUAGUUGCAGCAGUUUGUUCUCAUAUCGCCUUUCGAGGGGCCGAAGGGGCCGGCGACCGCGAGGUGGCGGCCGCGGAGUCUCGGCCGGGCGGGGUGGCGCUGUCAGGGCCGGGGGGACGCCCGCAGCCUGGAGCCCGGCGGAGGCCGUGUCCCUGUGCUCUGCGGAGCUGCGGACAGCGGUUCCCGGGACCGCGAGGGCUGCCCGCGUUAGCGCAGGUGCUCAACGCGGAGAGACGUCCGCGAGGCCGGGGAAGGACAGUGGGGCACGCAGCUGUCACUUGGUGCAGAUAGCUGUGGCCACGAUCGGUGCCUUCUCUGGCAGCCAGGCAAAAUAGGAAAUCGUGCACUGAACCUGCUUUGUUGAUGGCCUGAGACAUCACUGCCUGGCUGCCUGCCUGUACGAGGCCCCUCGGCAGAGGCUCCAGGGAGUCGGGGCGGGUGGCUAGCGCUCACGUCAGGCUGAGAGCUCUGUAGCCGCCUCUUCCCGGGCUGGGACUCGGGUCACCGACUCCCCCACCCUCAGCGUACCUUGUAUCUCACCGCGCCUGCUUGUGGACCCUUCUUCAGGUGACGUUGCUUCAGUCUCCAAGGGACUGGGUUUACAGCUGACCUCUCAAAGGGCAGGCCCCGUGUUUGAGGGGUCUUGUCUGUGGGAGCAGUAUCAUUUUGGGAGCUGGAGAAAGGGAGAGGGUGGGACUGGUUUUCAGGGAAAAUAAUCACAAGUUUUGCUCUAGACAUAUUGAAUCUGAAAUGACGUCUAAGAUCUGGCUGAAGGAGACUGAAGGAAGGUGGAUGCUUAGGGUGCGUGGAACUUGGAAGAGGAAGGUAGAUUUCAGGAGCAGAGGUUGGGGGUGAACUUUGUUGCAGUUUGGCCAGGGCCGGGUUCCAACCCGCCACCCUUGGUAUAUGGGGCCUGUACCCUACUCACUGAGCCACAGGCGCCGCCCUGGGGGUGAAUUUUGAAGAUAAAGCACAUACUCAGGGAGUCUGUGGAGAGAGUGGAGCCGGCAAAGCAGAAGAAAUGACGAUGGGGUGGGGGUAUCACAGAGGCCCAGGUGGGUCUAGUGGAACCUGCAUGCCCUCUGCAUUGGGAGAAGGCAGGGGUAACCAUGACCCUUUGCAAUUGAAGAGUCUGAAGCCAGGGGUGUGGUGGAAUGUUUGAGUUGAAUCCAGAGUCUCACCAGGCCAGGCUCAAAUCUGAGCCCAGCCACUUACUGUUACCUGGUUAGUUCCUCACUUGGGAAAUGGGCAUCUCACCUGCACCUGCACCUUCACCUGUGCGUGGGAAGCCGGAUAACAAGUAGCCAGAGGUUUCAGGCUCAGCUGGGUGCACUUGCUGUGCUGCUCUACUGGGAACCUUGCAACAGCCUUCUCUGAGGAGGGAACAGGCUCAGAGAAGUUAGAUUUUUCUUGCUCACAUUAGCACAGCCUGUAAAAAACUGGAACCUGCAUCCAGUAGAGUAACAGUAAUUCAAAGUGUGCAGUGUUUGGACUGUGAUAAAUGGUGAUGGAGUGUGAACUUCUUUCUUGGAAGUUUUCCUCAUACAAAGUAGUUUUUUAGUUGGUUGUUUGUAAAAGCAGAAAGAAUUUUCUAGGGGUUUUCAGUUUGCUCUGAGAUGGUAUUGGCCAUGUGUUUCAUCUUAAUUAUUUGGUCUCCUGAUCAGAGAACUAAACAUUAUUGUUGCCAUAAAUUCUAUUACAAUUUUGAGGCUUAUGUCUGUAAGCAAAUUAGUGACCUUGAUAAACAAAUCACUGCUUUCAUGUAUUUAAUCAUUUAUGUUUCUCAUUGGAGCAAAUCUUUGCAAUAUUCCAUUUUUUCUUACAAAUAUUAUGUUAGGGGAGUGCAUCAGGAAAUUCACUUCAGAAAACUGCUAAGAAGUACAAUGUGGUCUGAGAAAAGCUAGGUUGUUAAUGAGUUUAUAUCUUCUCAAAAACUGAAGUAAUCCUCAUAAUUUUUACUCUUUUUAUUUCUUUGGUUGCUCAGACAUGAGAUGAUUCUUGUUUUUGUUUUCAAAGCUGUUUUUAGCAAGAAGAUGGAAAGUGGUGCAGUUCUGCUGGAAUCCAAAUCUUCCCCAUUGAACCUUCUGCAUGAAAUGCAUGAGCUCCGGCUUCUUGGUCACUUGUGUGAUGUGACGGUCAGUGUGGAAUAUCAGGGUGUCCGUGAAGACUUUGUGGCCCAUAAAGCAGUGCUGGCAGCCACCAGCAAGUUUUUUAAGGAAAUGUUCCUUAAUGACCAGAGUGUGGAUGGUGCUAGGACUAAUGUCUACUUAAAUGAAGUGCAGGUUGUUGACUUUGCUUCGUUUCUCGAGUUUGUCUACACUGCAAAGGUACAGGUAGAAGAAGACAGGGUGCAGCGAAUGCUGGAAAUGGCUGAAAAACUGAAAUGUUUGGACUUAUCAGAAACUUGUUUUCAGUUAAAGAAACAGAUGCUGGAGUCUGUACUUUUGGAAUUGCAAAGUUUCUCAGAGUCUCAGGAGGCGGAGGCAGGCAGUGGCUCCCAAGUCAGUGUUGCUUCGGGCUCAAGGGGCAGUGGGGGCACAGAGGGACUUCACUCCAACGGCCUGCUGGAGCCCUCGGCCUCCCCGGUGGAGAGAGUCAACAAUGGAGUGUCAUCAGAUAUGCCCAAGGAGAGGAAGCCCAAGGAGAAACUAGACAAGAAGAGAGAGGGAGUUAAGCCUCCUUACCCCAAAAUCAGGAGAGCUAGUGGCAGGCUGGCUGGCAGGAAGGUCUUUGUGGAAAUCCCUAAAAAGAAAUACACAAGACGACUCCGGGAGCAGCAGGACAGUAUAGAAGAUGAGUUGGGAGACGACACGUGUCUUCAGGACCAAAGCUCUGAUAGUGGCGGGGUGGACAGGGAGCCUGUUGAAAAAAAUGAGGGGUGCUGUGCAGGAGCCCAGGUGAAGGAGGUGUUGCAAAAGGCAGGUGCGGAGGAGGAAGAGGAGGAGGAGGACGACGAAGAGGGAGAGAAGAAGAGGAGCAACUUCAAGUGCACCAUCUGCGAUAAGGCGUUUUUGUACGAGAAGAGCUUCCUGAAGCACAGCAGACACCACCACGGGGUAGCCACCGAGGUGGUGUACCGCUGCGACACGUGUAGCCAGACCUUUGCCAACCGCUGCAACCUGAAGAGCCACCAGCGCCACGUGCACAGCAGCGAACGCCACUUCCCGUGCGAGCUGUGCGGGAAGAAGUUCAAGCGCAAGAAGGAUGUGAAGCGGCACGUGGUGCAGGUGCACGAGGGCGGCGGCGAGCGGCACCGCUGCGGGCAGUGCGGCAAGGGGCUGAGCUCCAAGACGGCGCUGCGGCUGCACGAGCGCACGCACACGGGCGACAGGCCCUACGCCUGCGAGUGUGGCGCCAAGUUCUCGCAGCCCUCAGCGCUCAAGACCCACAUGAGAAUUCAUACAGGGGAAAAGCCUUUUGUCUGUGAUGAAUGUGGUGCAAGAUUCACUCAGAACCACAUGCUGAUUUAUCACAGAAGGUGUCAUACAGGUGAAAGACCAUUCAUGUGUGAAACAUGUGGCAAGAGUUUUGCUUCCAAGGAGUACUUGAAACACCACAACAGGGUCCAUACUGGCUCCAAACCCUAUAAGUGUGAAGUGUGUUUCCGGACUUUCGCCCAGCGGAAUUCACUUUACCAGCAUGCUAAAAUCCACACAGGGGAGCGUCCCUACUGCUGUGACCAGUGUGGCAAACAGUUCACCCAGCUCAACGCCCUACAGCGCCACCAUCGCAUCCACACUGGGGAGAGGCCAUUCAUGUGCAAUGCUUGUGGGCGCACGUUCACCGACAAGUCCACCCUCCGGCGGCACACCUCGAUACACGAUAAGAAUACUCCAUGGAAGUCUUUCCUUGUCAUUAUAGAUGGCUCACCCAAGAAUGAUGACGGGCACAAGACUGAACAGCCUGAUGAAGACUACAUGGCACCCAAACGCUCAGAUAAAUUGCUGUCUUUUGCAGAAAACAGCCAUUUCCACAACCUGGCCACAGUCCAAGGCACUGUAUCCACCAUACAUGAGAACAGUUCUGCAGACGCAGCCUGCAAAUCAGACAACUCUGUAGUGUCCCAGGACACUCUGCUCACUACCACCAUCAGCGAACUCAGUGAGCUGGCUCCACAGACAGACUCAGUGUCCACACAGCUGCACCCUCUGACCAACAUGGAAUAGAGCUGACGUUACUCGCCCGGCAGUUCCCAUCUUGUUGGUCUUUGUGGGUAGAUAGCUGUACUCAAGGUGAUGUUGGGGCUAAGAAAAAUAAUUGUGAGCAAAGUUGGGGCAAGAAUGGCUUCUGCAGAUUUUCCUGAACUUCUGCGAACUUGCACAGCUUUCUCACAGCAUUUUCAAAGCUUUCCCUGCACAGUUCUGAUCUACAUGAUCUCGGCGACACAUUACUGGCAAGACAGCACACAUGACUUCACUUAAUUCUGCCGUGGGCUGUGUGUGUCAUUCAUCCAAUGCUUUUCUAUCUCGAUGUUUAGACAACUGCUCAUUUCACUGCAGAGGACAAAGCAUUGAUGACCUCACGACCCUGCUGUGA